AUACCCGCGUGUCGGACGCCGGUGCGCAGUGGCCGCUCUCCGCUCUCGCUGACCGACUGCUCGCGGCUACCCUGCUACUGACCCACGCCGCCUGCGACGGUCACAUUAAACAAUUUCACACAAAUGAGAAAAAGUUUCUUCAAUUGUAUUACAAUUGCAUUCCGCAAAACGAUAGCAAUCGCGUUAAAUUGAAUAAUAAACGGUUGAUCAGAGGUGUUCAAACGACCUGAUUCGUGAUAAACAAUAACAAUUAAGUGGAGGGAAGCGAGCCCGGUGGAGCGAUGAGGGCGGCGACAUCAACAGAGAUCCGAAGCGCCAUUCAUCAAACAAUCGUGGUGAUUCUCAUAAAUGUGCCAACAAUCUCGUUCGGGCUGGCGCUGGGCUGGGUGUCGCUGGCGAGCGGCGAGGCGGGCGGCGCGGAGGGCGCGGGGGGCGCGGUGGCGGCCGCCGUCGUCACCUUCGCGGCGUCCUUUGUGGGCGUGCCGCUUAGUGCCAAAGCUAUCACUUAUGGCAGAAAAUUCGCAGUCAUCGCGGCCUCCGCUGGCUUCGUGAUAUGCUGGUCAUUGAAGUUGGUGGCUACAUGGGGAGGGCAAUGGUGGAUGGUGGGCGGACGCGUGACGGCAGGGCUCGGCGGCGCGGCGGCCUGGGCGCUCGCCCCGCUGCUCGCUAGAGAGAUGUGCAGCGAUCGCUGGCGAGGCGCGGCGGUGUCGGCCCUCCCACUGGCACACAACCUGGGAGUGCUUCUCAUGUACCUUGCUGCUGACGCCAGGAUCCCACAGAGGACAGUUCUGUGGUGGUGUCUCGCUCUGUCCGUGUGUCAUUGCUUCGUGUUCCUGUUGAUGCCGGAAUCACCGUCAUAUCUUGCGGCUAAAGGAAAAGAUGAGGCAGCCCGCACGGCGCUGGCGUGGUUGCGCGGUCGCUCCCCACUCGACCCGAAAUUGGAAGACGAGCUGAAGACCCUGCCGCCGCUCGAUGAUCAGCACCAGUCUUCCUUUAAACUGGCCAAAGAAAUGCUGGCAGAUAGACAGCGCCGGGUGGCGUUUAUAAUAGGCGGGCUGGCGGUGGUGGGACAGGAGGCGUGCGGCGUGCUGGCCAUCCUGCAGUACGCUGAGCGGAUGUUCGUACUGGCACGGGACGAGGCCAACCCCAUACUAGUAAACAGCACAGCAGCGAUGGCCGCUGGCGGCGAGCUGGCGUCGCCGGCGCGGCACGCGCUGCUGCUGGGCGCGGCGCAGCUCGCCGCCUCCGCGCUCUCGCUCUACCUGGUCGAGAGGCUCGGCCGCAGAUUGUUGAUAGUGUGGUGUGCGUGGGGCGUGGGGGGCGCUCUCGCCACGGCUGGGGUCUUGCUGGGCGCGGGUCGUGUGUGGGGCGCGGGGGCUGUGGGCGGUAUGGAAGGCGCGGGGGGCGUGCAGGGCGCCGCGCUGGCCAUCGCCGUGGCCGUGGCCAUCGACGCCGUGGGGCUCCAGCCGGCGCCCUACGCUCUGCUCGCUGAUAUGUUUCACUAUCAGUACCGCGGCUGUGCGCUCAUGCUAGUGACAGCUGCGGCGUGUCUCGGCAACGCAGUGGAAGUGGCCGUGUUCCCCGUGGUGGCGGCGUGCGGAGGCCUGCAGGCGGCGCUGGCGCUCGCCGCCGCGCUCACCCUCGCCUACGCCACGUUCGCCAGCUUUGCGGUCCCGGAGACCAGGCUGAAGACGCCGGAAGAUAUAUACGAGGCUCUCUCGCCGAGAGACCGCCGCUGUGAUGGUGUUAAAGUGAAGGAUUGUGGGACUAGUGAUCGUUGUAAAGAGACUGUGUGCACUAGGUUUUAUCAGCAUCUCGUUUGCUAUUAUUGUAUCAGGCAUCCAGUGGAGCCGAUGGGCCUGCUCGACAAGCUGUCAGUGUGGCUGGGGGGCGGCGGCGGCGCGGCGGUGACCGUGCUGGUGCUAGGGCUGGACAACAGCGGGAAGAGCACGCUGCUGGCGGCGCUGCGCCCGCCGGAGCGGCGCGGCGAGACCCUGCCCACCGUGGCCCACGAGCAGGGGACCUUCCAGAGUGGUGGCGUAUCAUUCAGCGCGUGGGACGUGUCGGGCGCGGCGCGGAUGCGCGCGCUGUGGGAGCGGCACUAUCGCAGCGCUGACGCUGUUAUAUUUGUGGUCGACUCUGCCGACCAUCUGCGGCUGGUGGUGGCGCGCGAGGAGCUGCAGCUGAUGCUGGCGCACCCCGACAUGUGCGGGCGGCGCGUGCCACUUCUGCUGUUCGCCAACAAGAGCGACGCGCCGCACGCGCUGCCCGCCGCGCAGGUCGCUGCAGCGUUGGGCCUAGAGCGGAUCCUAGACAAGCCGUGGCACGUAUGCGCGUCGAGCGCGCUGUCGGGCGCCGGCGUGGCGGACGGGGUGGCGUGGCUCGCCCGCCAGCUGCGCGAGCAGAAGCACUAGCGACACCUAUGAGCGAUUUAUUUUUUCACAUCAUCGUCAGCAAAUUACCUA